CUGCUAUACACUGAAAUCCCAAUAGGGCACGGGGGCUUGGUGAGAGAUUAGAAAGAGAGGGGCCGUGAGGCAGCCGACAUCAUGUGUGGGAACAAGGGGCUGGACUCCCCCCCAUUUGGAAAGAUUCUAAUGAAAUUAGGUCUGGCACUGAUUGUGGUUGGACACCUCAAUUUUAUAUUUGGAGCCAUUGUGCACGGCUUAGUCCUGAGACAUGUAUCACAGAUAAAGGACAAUGAAUCAUGGCAUUAUUCCAUAGCCAACAUUACUGCUGUAGCUUCUGCUAUCUUGAGCAUCUCUUGUGGGAUUAUGGCAAUUGUCUUUUCUCGGUACCUUGAACGUACAUCUUUGCGAUGGGCAUUGUUGAUUCUCAGCAUAUUGAAUGCAGUGCUAUCUGUUGCCUGCACUGUGGGUACUGCUGUUUCUGUUAUAAUCACCAUAGCGAACCAGGGCCGCACAUUGUUAUCUUCUUGCACAUUCACCGACCUGGAACUCAUUCAGAUCUCGCAUGAAUGUCCUUUCGACCCAACAAGAAUCUAUAGCACAUCUUUAUGUCUCUGGGUAAUCUCUCUCUUACUGGAUGCGACAGAGGUUUAUUUUAGCACAAGGUGCUUUUUCACCGUCCUUCAGCUAAUGGAUGUCCGACUGUGUCAUAAACGGAGGCGGAGGAAGGUCAGGAUCCAAAUUCCAAAGAUGGAAGAAGGUGUUAAUGCAGAACAUGAGGAGCUAAAUGCAGAUGAAGGGUAUAGUGUAUUGUGACCAUGUGACACAAUAACACACAGUUUUGGACAUGUGUGGAAUCAUUCUACGAGUGAUUUUGGACAUCAUUCAUUUGGUGUUGAGUGAUCUAUAAGUGUUCUACUAGGAGACGUGAACUCCAAACACAGGGUACUUAUUAUGUGCAAAAUAGUGUUCUGCUGAUAUAUAUGAUGUACAAUGAGCCUUUUUGUCUGUAUGUGUGUGUAUGUGUAUAUAUACCUCUGCUUACUUGAGACUACAUUGUCCGAUUGAGAAUCCAUCUUGCUCACCAUAGAACCCCACCACCUCCUCAAAACCCUACAGGUUUUAUUCUGUACUACAGUUCUAGCACAGCCAACCUUAAACCCUACUUCCCACAUCUAAAAGCUGUAUCCAAGUUAAAAUGUCUCUACCCGCUUUAUCAUUUUUAGAUGCCUCUGCCAAAUUCUGAGUAUAUUUACAAUUGUCAUGGAAUUGUAGCUUCUAUGGUACAUGGUUCUGUUGUCAUUAAUAUUACUGGUCAGGCAAUUCCACUGUAUAUUUGCAUAGAAUUUUGCAGUUAGCUGGAAAGUGCUUUGUUUACAGAUGCCAUGGAAAUAUUUUCUCUUAACUACAGCAUUUUUAUAUAAUAAAA